AUGGCACAGACACCCAGCGUCCCCUACCGAACCACGGGCUCCACCUUGCUGCACCCGCUCAGCCAGCUCCUGGGCAUCCCGCUGGACCAGGUCAAUUUUGUAGCCUGUCAGCUGUUUGCCUUGUUGGCUGCUUUUUGGUUUCGCAUUUAUUUGAGCCCCAGCAAUGUCAGUUCCGUUGUUCGUCAUGCAUUUGCCACUCUCUUUGGAAUAUACUUUGCUGUUUUCUGUUUUGGAUGGUACUCGAUCCAUAUUUUUGUACUGGUGAUGAUGAGCUAUGGCAUCAUGAACAUUGCAAGUAUUCUCAACAUCCACAGGUACUCCUUUGUGGUAGCCAUGGGAUACCUCACAUUGUGUCACAUUAGCCGAAUAUACAUAUUUAAUUAUGGUAUUCUCACUACAGAUUUCUCUGGCCCACUGAUGAUUAUUACACAGAAGAUCACAACUCUUGCAUUCCAAGUGCACGAUGGAAUAGGCCGACAAGCUGAGGACCUCACUGCUGAGCAAAAUCGUCUUGCAGUAAAAAUAAGACCUUCCUUACUGGAAUAUUUGAGCUAUCUCCUCAAUUUUAUGAGUGUCAUAGCUGGACCUUGCAGCAAUUACAAGGACUAUAUAGCCUUCAUUGAAGGGAGGCAUGUGCAUAUGAAACUUUUAGAAGUGAACUGGAAGCAAAAGGGUUAUGACAGACUUCCCGAUCCUUCUCCAACUGGGGCUGUGAUAUACAAACUGUGUAUCACAUUUGUAUCUCUCCUUUUGUUCUUGACACUUACCAAGACCUAUCCUGUUACAUACAUUGUUGAUAGCCAGUUUAUCAAUAACACAUCCUUCUUGUCAAGACUUGGCUACCUGUAUAUCGUUAUGCAAGCAUCGAAGCCAAAAUAUUACUUUGCAUGGACAUUAGCUGACGCGGUCAACAAUGCAGCUGGCUAUGGAUUCAGUGGUGUUGAUGAUCAAGGCAAUUUUCAUUGGGACCUGCUAUCCAACUUAAAUAUAUGGAACAUUGAGACUGCAACAAGUUUCAAAAUGUACAUUGAAAACUGGAACAUUCAGACGGCUGCCUGGCUAAAGCGUGUUUGCUAUGACAGGGCUCCAUGGUACCCCACAGCCUUAACAUUUAUCCUGUCAGCCUUGUGGCAUGGUGUCUAUCCUGGAUAUUACUUUACAUUCAUUACCGGAAUCCUUAUGACAUUAGCAUCCAGAGCAAUAAGGAACAAUUACAGACAUUACUUCCUCUCUUCAAAGCCACUCAAGGUGAUCUAUGACAUUGUCACGUGGUUUGUCACUCAACUGGCUGUCUGCUAUACUGUUGCACCUUUUGUUAUGCUGGCUGUUGAGCCCACAAUUAAGUUAUACAAGUCAAUGUACUUUCACAUGCACAUUCUAAGCCUCCUGCUGCUGCUGGUCCUACCAAUCAAACCUCGAGACCACACCAUGAGGCAGCUUCAGAAUCAAGUCACACACAACUCUGUUAAAAACAAGAAAGAAAAAUGA